GUUGACAACCUUAAGUUGGACAGCUGGCGCUGGGCUGCUGGCAUCUCCUCCGGCUUUUUUAACUUUUUUCUUGCAUUUGCUUUUUAAUUUUCGAAGCUCUGAAUAUUUUAUAAAUAAUAAUAACAAUACUUUAAAAUGAAAACGUGGACUGACGAGAAUACACUAUUAUUAAUUAAACUAUACGAACAACAUCCGGAUUUAUGGAGGGGCAAUGUGAGAUGGAAAAACCCAGAAUUGAGAAUGAAUCUAUGGUCGUAUAUUGCCGAAGUGCAAGAAACAACAUCAGAUGAAAUCCAAAAGAAAAUUAAAUCAUUACGCAGAAAAUUUUGCACAGAAACAAAGCGAUAUGAAAAAAAACCAAGUGAUUAUUUAAAAAAUCAUCCGUGGAUAUUUUUUCGUCCACUGAUGUUUUUGUUGCGAGAAAAUGAAUUCAAAAGUAGCUCGGCUGCUUCGGAAAGUUUUAUGAGCGAAUCAAACUGUAGUUCAAAACAAUUUGGUACAGAAGAAAGUUCAGUUGCCACUUCUAAACAUCAAGAUGAAAGCGGAGAUUUUGAAUCUUCUACUAAUUGUGGAGAGAAUGAAGGAGAAGAAGAAUAUGAUGUUCCAGAAACUAAAAAAAGAAAAUCAAACACAAAAGAAUCAACUCUCGAAGAUGCCCUGCAGUGUAUAAAAACUCUAUUGGAUGAGAGUGGAAAACGUGAUGAACAUUCAAUCUAUGGCGAGCAUAUAGCCCAUAAACUUCGCACAUCCAAUCGCAGUAAAAAUGACAUUGCUAUUGCACAGCAUCAUAUUGAAAAUAUAGUUUUCAACUUAACUAUGGGAGUUUACGCUCAGGAAGCUUCAUCGGAUGCAUUAGAAGCUAAUAGUAAAUCAGUGAUACCUUCUUCGGUGCCAGAUCCUUUUAUUAUUCCAAAACCAGAUCCCGAUCUCGGUUCAUAGAGUGAGAAAUGUUAUGAAAAACAUGUUGUUACUUUAUUGUAUUUUUUUUUCAAUUCAUUGACUUUGGAUGGAUUAAGGCUGAUUUUUUCUUUUCAAUCAAAGUUGACGGUUUCAAGUUUGGAUUUCAACUCUAUGAAAAAGUAGAGUAAAGGAAAAGCAAACUUGAGAUUUAAAUUCUAAUAUUGUUUUUGUUGCCUGUUUUAUAAAGCAUUAUAGACAUAUUCAAGCUUUGCUAAGGUUUAAAAACUGCCAAAUAUCGAAAAAAGAAAGAAAUUUGUAUUUGCGUUUCAACUCUUGAGUUGAAGUCAACUUUAAAGUUAAGCAAUAGUGAAAAAAUUGGUCUUAAGAGACGAUAUAGUCGUAGAGGUAGUCUACAACCUACAAUUUGAAAUAUCACGUCUGUAGGUGAAUUAUAUUAUCCUAAAAUCCCUUUAUGUUGAGGAACAGAAAUGACACAACUAAAAGUUGGGUGUAUAUAAUUAUAAAUGCAUUUAUUUCCAAUUAUUAAAAAUAAAAACUGACGAUUAAUAAAUUGUGAAAAAAA